GCUCUGAAGCAGAUGAGUCAGAUGAACUGCAGAGGACAGACUGAGACAGCCAGCAGACAUGAGACAUGUCCCUCCUUCAGUCCGCCACUAGAGGGGGAGGUGACGGAGGAUCCAGCCCGGGACGGUGAGCUGAACCGGGGCUGAAAAAUCUGUCCAACACACUCAUCGAGGGGGGGGGAUGACAGCAGCAGCAGAGCCGGGGACGACGCCGUUAACCGACAGCAUGAGAAACUAGUUAGUGCCCCAGCUCUAACGUGGUUAGUUAACACCUGCUAGUUAGUUUGUCAGAACUAGUUUCAGAGCUAACUUUAGCAGCCUAGCCUAGCCGAGCUAACGGUCGCCUAACGGCUAAAGAGACUUUUAACGGCGGGAAAAAAGUUUAAAACAAAGUGUAGAAAUCAUGGCGUCGAUGGUGUUUGAGUCUGCGGCGGAGCAGUUUUGACUUUUUCUGGGUGGAGGUGGAGGUGGAGGAGGUGGUGGAGGAGGUGGAGGAGGAGGUGGAGGAGGAGGAGAGGGGCGGCUGUCAACAAGCUCGCUGACGUUAGCUGAUCCCGGCUAAGCCCGUUAGCUCCGCCGCCAUGGCCGACACGGAGAACGGCCGCCAGCCGCCGGACACGCGGAGCAUCCGGAGCAUCCGGACCGUCAGCAGCAGCCACAUCGACGACGAGAGCUCGCUGGGAUCCGACUCGGAGAUCAACGGCUUCACCAGCGACAGGCAGACCGACAAGUAUGGAUUCAUCGGCGGGGCGCAGCAGUACACGGAGGCGUCAGCUAAGGAUGUGCCUCCAGAGGUCCUCAGGCAAAGAGAGGUGAAGUGGCUGGACAUGCUCAGCCACUGGGACAAGUGGAUGAUCAAGAGAUUCAAUAAGGUGAGGCUGCGGUGCCAAAAAGGAAUCCCUCCUUCCCUCCGAGGCCGUGCAUGGCUGUAUCUGUCAGGAGGGAAGAUGAAGAAGGAGCAGAACCAAGGAAAGUUUCAGGAGCUGGAUAGCGAGCCCGGGGACCCCAAGUGGCUCGAUACGAUCGAGAAAGACCUCCAUCGACAGUUUCCUUUCCACGAGAUGUUUGUGUCACGGGGAGGACACGGGCAGCAGGACCUGUUCCGUGUUCUUAAGGCCUACACUCUGUACAGACCAGAGGAGGGAUACUGCCAGGCUCAGGCUCCCAUCGCUGCUGUGUUGCUCAUGCACAUGCCCGCUGAGGAUGCCUUCUGGGGACUGGUCCAAAUUUGUGAGAAAUAUCUUCCUGGUUACUACAGUCCUGGCCUGGAAGCCAUACAGCUAGACGGAGAGAUCCUGUUCGCUCUGCUGCGACGCGUCUCCCCGCUGGCCUUCCGACAUCUGGAGAAACACAAGAUCGACCCCAUCUUCUACAUGACUGAAUGGUUUAUGUGCGCCUUCUCCAGGACGCUGCCCUGGGCCUCGGUGCUGCGUGUCUGGGACAUGUUCCUCUGCGACGGAGUGAAGAUUAUCUUCCGUGUGGGUUUGGUGCUGCUGAAAUGCAUGCUGGGUACCCGGGAGAAGCUGAAGGCCUGCCAGGGCCAGUAUGAAACCAUGGAGCUGCUCAGGGCCAUCGAGCCUCGAUACAUGCAGGAGAGCUUCCUGGUCCGAGAGAUUCUGGAGGUGCCGGUGACGGCGCGAGACGUGGAAAGGGAGAAUCACACCCAGCUGAAGCGCUGGAAGAAGAACCGCGGGGAGCUGAACUUCAAAUCGCCCCCGAGGAUGCACGGCGCUCGCCUCAUCAUGCUGGCCGAGCCGCCGAGGCGCCAGGACCUCCGGCAGAACCCCACCAUCCUGCUCGAGAUGCCUCCGCCCGCCUCGCAGCUCAAGAAGGGCAAAGAGGAGAAGAAGAGCAAGAAGAAGAAGAGCAUGAAGAAAUCCAAGCCCAUCGAGGAGAUCCCCAAUCCUUACUCUCUUCCCACUGACCCUCCGCCUCCACCUCCACCUACAGACCCACCAGCCCCACCUACAGACCCACCAGCACCACCUACAGACCCACCAGCCCCACCUACAGACCCACCAGCCCCGCCUCCAGUCAGCAGCGAGCCCCCGGAGACUGUGCCACAGACUGAAACAGACUCACCUCAGCAGCAGGAGCAGGAGCGAGCACCUCCUACAGACCUUCACCCCGCCAAAGAAUCUCCUUUGCAGCGAUCCACGCAAAGCCUUAGCAGCACAGAGCAGGACACAUACCUGUAGCUCUGCAGCAGUCAGUAUAGGUGUGUAUGUGUGUGUGUGUAUGUGUGUGUGGACGAAGCACCAGCGCCCUUCAGCCAAUCACCAGCCGGCCUUGCCAAAAGGGUCUCCGAUCGGCCAGCAUUGCUAUUAUUCAAGUCUCGGACUGUUUUGUAUUCACGUCAGACGCCGUUUUGCCUUCGAUAUUAUCAGUAUACACUAAAGAAUCACUGACGCUUACGCCACCUCUCCACAUGAAGCUGAUGUUACCUCCUCAGAGUAUUUCCAGGGAGACGCGUUACUGAGUUAUUGGGAGCAAAGUGCAGAGUAGUUUCAAGGUUUAUCUGGGAGCUGUGUGGCAGUUUCAACACUAGUGAGAGUUCAAACUGUGUCCUACAAACUUCACGUUCUGUUCACUAGAGGGCAGCCUCUCCUUCCUGUUACAUUCCCUGUUCAUCAUGCCGGUCACAGCAGGGACGGGAUUCCUCUAAGGACGUUUGGGAGGUCUUAUUAUUCUUCAGAUAUCGAGCUUGUUUUCUCUGCAGCAUUUCAUGUUUUACACUCUUAACCUUCCUUUUUCUCUACAAAGCACUAUUUAUUUAUAACAUUCUCUGUAUAACAUUCACUGUGCCAGGCACUUCCAGCCACUUUAGAGCAGCGCUAACUCACCUUACCUUUGGCAGCAGAGAGGAGAAAACACUGGACACUCCUCACCUCGAGUGCGACACAUUCCUGCAGACCGUCUCCUGCCAAAUCUAUAAACUGUGCAUGUUUCCUGUGACGUUGCCGUUGCUCAAACAUCCAGUUGUCGGAAGCCAAGAUCAUGUUAGUGUGUUGGGUCUGUAUCUUUUUUUAUCUCUUAAAUAUUUUGCUAGAAUUUCCAAAGAUCAAGACUUAAGGUGACCUACGACCGCUUACCUGUGUGACUUUUUUUGGGGAUGUUUGUUGCAUUUCGUUUUCAAAAGCCGGCCGAGAUGUUUCAACGUUUGAUGGUCCAACUUUGUUUUCAUGAUUAAAAAAAAAGGUAAAGGGACUUUUGACAAACAUAAGCACUCGUGCUUGUGUAUAUAAUUAAUAUAAAGUCUGCAUGUUUUGGCCAGAUAUAAAAAGUUAACGGGGUUUAAACAGAUAACACAUUUUCACUCGCCAAUAGUUUUUUUAGUCGCUUAUAUUUACACACUUCACAUUUCGCUGUUGUAUUUUAAUUUAAUGCUCAUUGUGUAGAUACGUCAUGUAAAAUAACAAUUUGUUUUCUAAUGGAAUCUAUUUUUCAAUCUAUAAUGCUUAUAUUUUAUUGAGCGGCUAUCAAAACAUUUGUAACACUAUAGAAAAAAAGAAAAGAAAGGAAAGACGUUUGACACCUGAAAUUUGUUGGUAACAUUGCCAGUGAAAAUGUUUUUCUUACUCUAAAGACAGGUUGUUUUUAUUUUACCGUACAUGUGGGUUAUAAAAAAAAAAAAGAUGUUUGACAACCAUGAGACAGUUAAAACUUUACAAAUAAACCUUUGUUUAAAGCUGACUUCAAA